CUUUAGGAUUAAUAAUCGACUGUAGAACAAUCUAUUUGCCAUCGCAAGGAUGUCAGAAGCUAAGCAAAUUGUGGCACAGAAAAGUGCUAAAAUCGCAGCUGGAGCUGUUGUAUGUGUUGAGAGUGAAAUAAGAGGCGAUGUGACCAUUGGUGCAAGGACAGUUGUCCACCCAAAAGCACGGAUCAUAGCAGAGGCAGGACCCAUAGUUAUCGGAGAGGGUAAUCUGAUAGAGGAGCAGGCACUUAUUAUUAACAGUUAUCCUGAGAAUAUAAUGCCAGACACAGAUGAAGUUGAGCCUAAAACCAUGACCAUUGGAGCCAACAAUGUGUUUGAAGUUGGAUGUGUCUCUCAAGCUUUGAAAAUUGGAGAUAACAAUGUGAUUGAGUCCAAGGGUGAUCUGGGGAGAAAUGUGAUCCUGACCAGUGGCUGCAUCAUUGGUGCAUGCUGCCAGAUUAACACAUGUGAAGUCGUGCCGGAGAACACUGUUGUUUAUGGUUCAAACUGCAUCAGGCGUGUGCAGAGCGAAAAGCCACAGCCUCAGACUCUGCAGCUCGACUUCCUUAUGAAGAUUCUUCCCAACUACCAUCACCUGAAGAAGACCAUGAAAGGAAGCGGCACACCUGUGAGGAACUAAAACAGAUGCAGAUCCAGAAAGAUAAAACCUCCUGCAAUCUGAAGCACCUGCACUCACGACCACCUGAAGCUUACACAUUUCCCCCAGCAUGCACUUGUCUCACACUUAAGUUUUGUGGUUUGUCUCCAAUAUCUUUUGGAUUACCUCUUGCACAGAAAAUGAGCAUCACACACUUCAGCACUUUUGAUUUAGAGCACCUUUAUGACUUUGAACCUAAAAAUGGACUUUUACAAUUUCAAUAUAUUUUAGUGUGAUGCAUUCAUUUAUAUUCAUAGAUGCUCUAAUAAAAUAAUGAGUUAUUAUCUUAAAAACAAAGUAUUUAUAUAUUUAAUUUAGGCUUGCUGUGGUUUAAAUUUAUGUUAUUUAAUGACCACAAGGAGGCACUAUUUAGCAACUCUUUUACCCUCUACUUUGCGCUCUUAAGGCUUUGUUUUAUCAGGUGAUGCAUCACAUCCAAAUGAAGUAUUUAUCUCUAGGUCUAAAGAUAGACAUGAGAUUUGUGGCUAAAGAUAAUCUGUAUUUUAAGUUCUGAAGCUAAAAGUAGUUCCUCCAGAUGACAUGUGAAUUUGUGCCCGAGUGUAUGCCGAUUUAUCAUUUAAAAAGGGCAGUUACUGAUCAAAAGAGAUGCCCCAGCUUCUUGGAUGUGGUGCCAGCCUUUUGCCCUCCUGCCAGUACUGUGGGUACAGUGCAGAUCCCAGUUUACUGUGAUAGACAUGGGUGUGGUUGCAGCUUGCAUUUCUAAAUAAUGCCUUUUGCUCCCCUUCCUCAUGUCUAAGUCCCCCCAGGGUAUGCUCCCAUCUGUGCUGCAGACCCACAGAUUUGGAUGUAGGUUGAUGCUUGAGAGUAAGUGGCAGAUUCCUGCCUACGACACCCGACAUAAAAAGUUCAGAUGUCACCAUUUCCAGUUGUUUUCCUGUAAGCUCUUGUGGCUGUUUAACAAGCUCAAGGCCACCGGAGCUCUUCAGAGUUUAAAGGCUUUGUGCCGUGAUCGACGGGCAGGGCGCUGCACAGAACAGCAGUUCCCUGUAGGAGUCCUGCAGCUGGUGUCGCACACUGCCAAUACUCAUUUGAACAUGUUACAGUGGAGUCCCACGAGGAGUCCACAUCAACCAGGGGCUAAUUAUUUCAGCACCGGAGUGCAGCCGGGGCCACAUCUUGGCUCCUUUCUGUUCUCACUUCUUCUGUUUUUUUUUUUUGUUUUUUUUUUCCACUACCAUCCUUUUAAUUUGGGGUGUUGCCGAAGCAUCAGUUGACUUUAACAUGACAAGAAGACAGAUGCUCCACACAGUUGCACGGAUGUGCAGAGUGACAAGGACCUCAUGGGGUGGGGGUUAGUGUGGCCUUAUAAUCUGUAGCAGAUUUUUACACAGGCAGUAUGGCUGUGAUGAUAGCAACUCAUGGCAGAAAUUGACAGGAAGCUCAGAUGAUCUAUAUUUGGAAGCAGUUAUUUAUACCUCUCACUGUACUGUUGUGAAACUGAAUUAUUCAGCUACCUUUGGUUUUUAAAACAGACCUUUGUACAUCAAAACGGUACUUUCUUUAGUUUUUAUCAGAUUAUCUUAAAUCAUUAUUUAGUUUUGGCUGCAUUCCCUCUAGAGUCAAUAUUAUUUGAUCAUAAAUAAGGAGAGAUAUCUUAAAGAACACCAUUUUGGAACAUAUUGAACAUUUUGUACUCUUUAGUGCAUGAUUAUUGUGCUUUCAGCUGCACAUAGUCUGCUGCAGCCUGUCCUGUUCACAGGCCACCAGUUGCUUUGGUAGGAUAAAGGCUUUCUGACAGCUGACCUUUAAAUCCAGGUCCACCCGUCCUUUUAAAACUGAAAUGUGAUCUGUAGGCCAGUGAUUUCCAUUGCAAUCCCAGAGAAAUAAUUAACUACAUCACAACGGGGACAGAGAACUGCUGGAUGUAAGGCCUUUUCAGCAGAAUUGUGUGGAAAAGAAUGUCAUUUGGGUUUGUUCCCUUUACAAUUAAAACUACUACAGAUACUCCUCAGGAAAUGAUACCUAAUGACUUCCCUGACUUUUCUU